CAGCAAAUACUUCCAAAAUCGCCAUCAGGUUUGACAACUCAGUCGGAGAAAACCAGCGACAUCACCAGCCCCGAUGUGGAGGAGAAGAGAUUCAAGGGCGGAACUAGAGCUCUUCUUAUUCAGAAGGCCAAAAGCAAAAUCAUCAUGCUGAAAGUACUGCGAGAAUUCAGGGGACGAAACUCCACUCGCCCUGUAUCGGAAGAAGCCAAGAAACUGAAUGGCGAUAAAGACAAAGAUAGUUCCUCCAAAAGCGACAGGGAGGAGGAUUCCGUGGCCGCUAUUGACCCGUAUGCCAACAUCAAGCUGGAGAGGGACAGGACCAAGUGGAUCAUCCUACACUACUCGCCCUUUAAGGCCGUGUGGGAUUGGGUCAUUCUCCUGCUCGUCCUCUACACCGCAGUCUUCACGCCUUACUCCGCCGCCUUCCUCCUCACUGAGGAGGAGAUCAAGAUGGAGCUCAACAAGGACGCCAGGACCAGGAUGCAGAACGCGGACGGGGACGCGCUGACCCUUUGGUCAUCGUGGACCUCAUCGUUGACCUCAUGUUCAUCGCAGACAUCCUCAUCAAUUUUCGCACGACGUACGUGGAGAAUGGCGAGGUUGUCAGUGACAAGCAGAAGAUCGCUGUGAACUACGUCAAGGGUUGGUUCGUCAUCGACACCAUCGCCGCAAUCCCCUUUGACCUUCUGCUCUUUGGCUCUGGCACAACGGAGACAAUGAAGAUCACGGGCAUUCUGAAGACAGCUCGACUGCUUCGUCUACUACGCGUGAUUCGUCGUAUUGAGCAGUUUGCUGAGUACGGCUCGGCCAUGCUCUUGUUGCUCAUGGUCACCUUCACCCUCAUUGGCCACUGGCUGGCCUGUAUAUUCUACGCCAUUGCUAACAUGGAGAGAGCCUCAUUGGAAGCCCCUAUAGGCUGGCUGGACGGCCUGGCGAAACUAACGGACUCGCCGUACAUCAUGAACGACACCACCAGCGGGCCGUCCAUCAAGACCAAGUACAUUACCUCCCUUUACUUCACCUUCACUAUCCUCACCAGCAUCGGCUUCGGCAACGUGGCCCCCAACACCAACGCCGAGAAGAUCUUCUCCAUCUUCGCCAUGAUGCUGGGCUCUUUACUCAGCGCCGCCAUUUUUGGCAACGUAUCGUCCAUCAUGCUGCGCGUGUACCAGGGGUCGGACGAAUAUCACGAAAAGGUGCAAAGCGUGAAGGACUUCGUCAACUUUCACCACAUCCCCAAGACCCUUGCCAGCAGACUGCAGGAAUCGUUCCAGCACACGUGGACCUACACCAAAGGCAUCGAUAUGAACAACGUAUUGAAGAGUUUUCCUGAAGUACUGCAGGCAGAUAUAUGUUUACACCUAAACCGCAACCUGCUGAGCAACUGUUUCGCUUUCAAAGGAGCAAGUCCAGGUUGUCUGAGAGUGCUCUCCACUAAGUUCCGGUCCACGCAUGCUCCUCCUGGUGACACUCUUUUGCAUCCGGGUGACAUUCUGACUUCCAUUUAUUUCAUAGCGCGAGGCUCCAUCGAGAUAACAAAGGACGAUACCGUUAUGGCAAUAUUAGGCAAAGACGAUAUUUUUGGGGAGACUAUUGUAGAAGAAGCAGGAGUGGGCAAGUCUAUGUACUCGGCACGAGCGCUGUCAUACUGUGACAUCAAUAAAAUUGAACUCUCCGACCUGAAGGAGAUCCUGCAGCUUUACCCAGAAUUUGCAGAACAAUUCUUGCAGAAGUUCCAGAUCACAUUUAAUCUUCGAAAGGGCACGCUUUUGCAGCGGAAAGUGAAAGCAAAAAUUGAUGACGAAACUCUCAAAUUCAUACGCCAGAGAAGACCGCGCUUACAAUGCAGACGAAGAGGCACAGACAUGGAAGGAGGACUUCGCCACAGAAGAGUCGGGAGUUCGGACACGAGACGCAUGAGCCGUGAGCCCAGGGACUACUCUGGGAGUGAAGAUGAGGGAGUAGGAAUCAUAGAGUUCUCUCCGGAAGCAGCAACAGAGGAAGUGACAGAGGAAGAUUUUCAAAAAGACGCGGUCACCCGUAAAACAAGCGAAAAACUCAGACGUGACAAGUCACGUGAUCGUCGAAAACCUCCUCCUAAGGCCCGCACUUCCGGUUCAGAAGGACCCACGUCUGAGAGCUGA